CUUUUUUUUUUUUGUCCUUUUUUUUUUUGGUUUUGUUUUUUUGGUUUUUUCUUCUUCUUUUUUUUUCCACCUCUGAUUAUUGUUUAAAUUGGGAAACCUGGAGGAGCAUGGUUUUGAGCCUUUUCCUAAAUACAAGUUUUUAUAGCAUGCGAUGGUAUUGUAGACAAGGCGCUGUGUCUGGGAGUCAGUGGCCACUGUGCCGCUGGGAGAGACUCCCAAGUCCAGCAAAAUAUGCAACUGGUUUUAUGGAAAAACGAUGUGAAGUGUAAUGCCUAUUUUUUCCAUGUUAAAAAAGCAUGUUUCUAACUCUUUUUGCAGACUAUUUUUUCCGAUGUUAUUUUUGUAUAGGUGGGAUUUGCGAAUGCAUUUUACGGCAGUGUUUACAAGUUUGUGGUCUUGCAAUACUGGUGCAAGCCACUGAGCACAAGACGUUAAUUUUAUUUUUGUUUCCUUUUUGAAGAUGACAACAAACCGUUUUUUCCCCCUUCCGUUUUUGAUGUCCUUUUAUAAUGUGAAACUUUUCUUGCAGCCGGUUACUGGGAUCAUUUUUUAAGCAAAAUACUUUUUCCCCCCUUUAAAUUCACCAUGACUUUUGCACAUUUCACUUUUUUAUUAAAAAAAAACCGAGAUAAUUUUAUGAUAGAUAUCCCUAUAUCUAUUUAAUCCCUCCUUCCUCUCCCCCCCCCCCCCCCCAUAAAUUUUCAAAUGAUGGCAGUGGAAGGUUUUUCUGGAAAAAAAAAAGAAGUGCGGUUUGGUUUCCUUGUCAACGGAAGAUGAAGUGAACAACUGAGCAUCUCCCAGUGCAGAUACAGAAAGUAAGAACUGAAGCCAAAAUUAGACCAUUUGUUUCCCAGUCCUCUGCUGAAACCAUUGAACUACUCUGUCUCCUAGCAAUAGAAUGCCCACAGGGUUAAAACAACGUGAGACAACCAUGACUGGCAAAACACAGACCAGCAACGUCACUAAUAAGAAUGAUCCCAAAUCCAUCAAUUCUCGUGUUUUCAUUGGCAAUCUGAACACAGCCAUUGUCAAAAAAGGUGACAUAGAGGCCAUCUUCGCAAAGUAUGGAAAAAUAGUUGGAUGCUCGGUGCAUAAAGGUUAUGCAUUUGUACAGUAUAUGAGUGAACGACAUGCCAGGGCUGCAGUGGCAGGAGAAAAUGCCAGGAUCAUUGCAGGUCAACCGCUUGAUAUCAACAUGGCUGGAGAACCCAAACCCUAUAGACCCAAACCUGGAAACAAGAGGCCCCUUUCAGCUCUUUACAGACUUGAAUCAAAGGAGCCAUUCCUGUCUGUUGGUGGUUAUGUCUUUGAUUAUGAUUAUUACAGAGAUGACUUCUACAAUCGGUUGUUUGAUUACCACGGGCGUGUCCCCCCACCUCCCCGAGCAGUGAUACCUCUGAAACGUCCCCGUGUGGCUGUGACAGCAACUCGUAGAGGCAAAGGUGUUUUUUCAGUGAAAGGGGGAUCGAAAUCUACAUCAAGUGGGACUUCUUCUUCAGGAUCAAAAUUGAAAUCAGAUGAGUUACAGACAAUCAAGAAAGAAUUAACCCAAAUCAAAACUAAAAUUGACUCCUUGCUAGGGAGACUGGAGAAGAUUGAAAAGCAGCAGAAGGCUGAGGCAGCCGUUUGCUCUUUUCCCUCAGAAGCUCAGAAGAAGCAAAUGGAAGAUAACAUAGAGUUGAACCAAGAGGAAUGUGUGUCAGAGAACGCAGACAACUCUACAGAGGAACCUAUUGAAGGAGGACCAGAUGCAGAUGGAGAUGGAGAAGAGAUGACUGAUGGGAUAGAGGAGGACUUCGAUGAAGAUGGAAGUAAUGAGCUGUUUCUACAGAUAAAGUGAUCUGAAGUCAUAUGUGAUGCCUGUGUAUGAUAAAAGAGAAACUGUGACCACCCUCCCCCAGAAAUGUGAACUGCGGUUUCUUACUGGAUAGCAACAUCCUCGAUCAGAUUUGUAUGAAAAGUCAAGUAAACAAAAUGGACAAUAUUGUUCUACCUUAGAAACUCCAUUUCUUAUAUGUUCUGAGCUGUACAAUUGUCAGUUUUUUAUGGUUUAGAUUGUAACUGUGUUUUGUUUUGUUUUUUUCCUGGCAAAUUAUUGGUCUUUCUUUUUUUUUCAUUUUGAUGUCUUAAAGGCCAGUGUACUGUAUGAUAAUGUGAAGGA